AGCCAAUCCUUCUAAGACAUUGGUUUCACUAAGGGGUGUUUUUUACUCGUCGCCACUUGGAAAAUUAUUGAAUUCCACAUUUGAGGAUAGAAGUAUUAAAGAUGAAGCAGCAAUGAACUACUUGAACGAUUUCCUACAUAUGAUGUAUAAACCUUUCGUGGAGGGUGAAUUACAGGUACUGUAAUGAUAUGGAUUUAGUCAAAACAAACUGCAAACAAAUAAUUAUGUGAAAACAAAUAUUAAGUUAGGUAAGAGGAGAAGUAUUAACUAGAAGUCACUAUCGCAAGGACAGUGCUGCCUCAUCCUGCCUUCCAUCAUAUAAGCACAUAAAGCACGCCUAAGAUACCUGUUCAGGAGGUAGGAAAAGUGCAAUAUGAAUACGAAAACACCUUGCACAAAGUCGAAGAUUAGCUAAAUAUUCCAAUUCUACUUUCUUGGCAUGGACGGUUUUAUACCUUUAAUGCUUAUAAUUUCUUGCUUCUGUAUGUAUAAUUAUAAGUGGCGAAGACUGUUAGUGGUAAAGAUAUAGCCAUAGCACCAGGUCAUGCUAUGCAAGUUUUUAAUAAUUUGCAUUAUUCAAAUAGAUGCAGGUUUAUUAGCAUAGCAUGACCAGUUAUCAUGGCUAGCUUGCCACUGAAUCCUGUAAAGUAUCAUAUAUACAAACGAUAAUAAUACUUCAUAAUAAUAAUAAUCAUUGGAUAUGUAGAAUUCCAUACAUAGAAAUACUACCGGUAAGUCCCUACCCCUACCGCAGAACAACUGAACAAUCUGCUGAUGGGGGAGACAAAAUCUAUUUUGUUGACAUUUUUGUUUAAUACGUCAGCUUCAGAUGACAUCAUUCAUUGUGUAAAUUAUUAAGAUUGUACUUAGUCAGAACUGCAAAACUAUAUAAUAAAAAAGGAAUUGUGAGCAUUAUCGAAAACAAGUCAGAUAAUUUUUCAUUCGUAUACAAUUGUGUGUUCCAAUACGAGCAUCAUACUGCUCAAUUGACAUUAUGCAUAAUGACGUCAUAGGGCUUGAUGCCCGCGAGGAAUGCUGGUCUUAGUAGUCAUUGCCCGGGAAAGUCAUCGCCCACUAUCGAUAUUUUCCAGGGUGAUGUCUACUAAGACCAGCAUUCCUCGCAGGCAUCAAGCCUUGAGAUGUUAUUUUGCUUAAGGUAUAUUGAUAUACAGUAAAGCCCCGCAUAAAUGAAACAGGAGGUUAAGAACCACUAGCCUGAAAUUUGGGCAAUGAAGCACCCAAAAUACAAGUUUUAAAAAUUUUUGAAAUUUAGAUAUAUGUAACGAAAACCAUAUUAGAGUCAUAGCAAUAGUUUUAUGCAACAACUGUUCCUAUUAAUUUAAUGUGUUGAAUAGAAAAAGGUAUAAUGUGAAGUAAGAUUAUAUAAGAACCACUUCUGCCUGUCAAAGUUAAAAUUCACAUCAUAUUCCCAUAAUAACAUUAUUAAUAAUCAUUUACUGUAAUAUAUAACUAUUUUAUUGGCAAUUUUCUAAUUGACAUACCACCUAUAUAUUUGUAUAAUUUGAUAUAUAAUACCUUAUUGGCUUGAUCUUUUGACAGAAUGUAUACAACUUUAUUAUUGCCAAUAGGCAUAAAAAAUAACUGCCGAAACAACCAAAAUAUUUCAAUAUUUACAAGUAAGCUAUCACUCCGUGUUUACUCGGCCACCAUUUUCUAUUUUUUCAGCAUAAUCAGCAACAUGAUACCUUACUUCCCAGCAUCCACUGCACGCAUAAACUAAAAGCUGGAAUUGCCAAUUAACGAUUGCCCAGGUAGCGAGAUCACCCUUCGCUAGUAUAAACUAUAAAGUAUAAAAUAUAGCAAGUUCACACAUCGCAUGUACUUGGUACAGGUACAGGUACAGGUACAGGUACAGGUACAGGUACAGGUACAGGUACAGGUACAGGUACAGGUACAGGUACAGGUACAGGUACAGGUACAGGUACAGGUACAGCAAGUUCACAAUUCACUGCUUUUUUGAGAAACAUAAUAUGAACAUUGUUCAUUUGAUUCUUAGUAUUCAUUUGAUUUGACCAAAAGAUGCCCACGAACACACACCAAAUAGGAGGAGAUAGAAAUGUUCUAAUUUGUCAAAAUAUCAUAAGUGUACAGUCGAUGUAUAUUACAGUAAAUCCUACAGCAAUACAACGUAAUAUAAACAUAUAACAUUUCAGGAUAACUUACUUUGAGAUUUUAACCUAAAACGGCGAUAGUAUUCGAUAUUUUUUUGAAAAAUUGUUGUCAACUUUCCACCACACAACCGAGACUGCAGGAAAGAAGGUAGCCUGCGAACAGGCGUUUAGAAAGAAAGCGGAAGUUAUGCUGGAAUUCGAAUCAUACGUCACAAAACGUCACCAACCCAUUGUUCUAAAUAGUGAAUCCGAAAAUCUCGAAUUCUCCUCCACUUAACUCGCAGAAAGCCUGGGACCGACAACAAGCUUUCGUUGGUAGGGAUGCAACCACCUGUAUGAAAACAGGGGCGGCACUAGACCUCUUUGAAUGGGGGUGUAAAUACAUUUUGCCGAGUUGUGAAGGCAAAUUUUGCCGAGUCACUACAACCACUAAUUAAUAUUAAUUUUUCCAAAAUUGUAGGCGAGCGUGGGGGACAUCAAAUUUCUCAAUAUUAUUUUGUGUUCCAACCAUCGUUGUUCGUUCCAUUUUUCCCUAAUUGUUUCGUAAAUUUCUCCACAUUUUAGCUACAUUCUUAAAUCUUAAUUUUUAAUCGCUGUCACUCAAAUAUUUUUUUCUAUGCAAAUCCAUGUUUUGCCAACUAGGAUUCAAUAUUUUUCCAACUACCUUAUGACUGUGGUGUUCCCCCCCCCCCCCCCCCCUUUAACGCUGACCCUGCCUGAAAAAAUUAAGGAGAAUUUCAACGUUUCGAAUUUCUUCGUCUCGUGGAGUUACUAGCGGGAGUCGGGAAAAAUACAUGAGAUUUUAUACUAGGAUUAUAAAAACAUCACGUGAUGUUUUUAUAUGUUUAGUAUAAAGGCUCUUGUAUUUUUACAAGAUGACAGCUUUUCUCAGGAUUUUAAGCCGUGGUAAUAGGGAAUGUUGUAGUUUAAAUGUAUGCAGCAGAUUUCACUCGGCCAUAUGACUUUUCGGCCAUAUGACUCACGAGGAUUUUGCAAAGAGCUAUAGCAAUAAGGAUGGUCAUUGAUAAGGAGGUUGGAGACAACUUGAUAUCACAAAUAUGAUAUCGAUGCAUUAUUAUUAUUAAAGUUAAUUGCUUCUCUCAAGAGGGUUUUUCAGAACCAUUUGCAAAAUUAUUUCAUUAAAACUACAAUUUUAAAAUAUUUACAAUUUCUACAAAGUUAAAAAUAGAAAGUACUGAUAUCCAAAUUUUUAAUGGUCUAAAUAGAGAGUAAUCUCGUCUAUAUAGACAGUAGGUGGUCUAUAAGAUGACUUUUAAAUGUCUUAAGUGAUGCACAUUUCUUUAGCUGAGUGUCUAGGUUAUUCCAAAUUGAAGCUCCUUUAAAGGAGUUUACCUGACGUUGUUUUAAACAAUGGUAUCUAUAUUGAGUUGCAGUUCCGCGUAGACCGAUUAUGAAUAGAAGAUCGCUCCUCAAACAUAUCACGAAAUAUUUCGGUGCUAAGUUAUUCAUACAUUUGAAAGUCAUAACGGCAUCACGGAAAUAGAGCAAUUUGUCGACUGUUAGCCACUCAAGAUCUUGAAGUAAUGGGCUUACAUGAUUAUAUUUCUUAGAUUCUGUGAUUAUUUUACAUGCAAAAUUUUGUAUAGAUUGAAGUUUCUUUAUAUUGGUGCAUGUUGUAUUUGACCAUACAGUGGAACUGUAGAGCAUCUUACUAAUCACUAUCAUUGUAAGUGUUUCCUUAUCAAAAUUAUUAACUCUGUUUAUCUGGCACAGUUUAUAAAGGCAAGACGAUACUAGAUUCGAUAUGUGCCUAUCGUAACUUAGGUGAUUGUCCAUUAGAAGUCGUAGAUCUUUGGCAAAAUCAACAGGUUCUAGAAUCUUCCCCAUAAAAGAAUCGAAAGAUUGACAUCAAGUUCGUUUAUCAGCUGUCUGAUUCCAAUAAUCAUGAAUUUUAUCUGGAUUCACCAAAAGAUUGUUUUCACAGCACCAAGACGCAAUUUUAUGUAAGUCUUCUUCCAGAUUUUUAAUUCCAGUGUUGACUUCUGUUAAAGCAAACGAUAGCAAAGUUUUUGUAUCGUCAACGUAUGAUUUCCAAAUCACCAUUGUAAGAUGAGAACAUUAAGAUUUCUAUGCCUCGGAGUUGAUCAAAUUUCGCGGACUUAAAAUCCGGUCCUGUCUUCAUAGUUGGAUUUGAAAUAUUAUUUAAGAUACAAUGAAUAAAUAAAAUUAGAAGUUAUAUACAAGCUAUAUUUAUAUACAAAAAUAUACGAAUUUUGUAACUUAAGAAAAGUUUGUAUCCUUUUGUUAAAAGCAGUAAAAUCCUUAGCCAAUCCGACACACUAUGAUUGCCACUGUUAAUAUGUUUGGCAACAUGCUGGUUAGCAUCGUUGUCGAUAACAGCACGACGAAGUUCAGCAAACCUUGUUCUAGAUAUCACUUUUUUUAUUUUUUUAUACAUAAUACAUUUGUUUUAUUCUAGUUGUGUUUUUCCCUAUAUUCAGUAUUAAUAUAAUUAUGAUUUACAUUUUGUAUAAUUUUGUACAAUAUAAUUGUGUUUACACUUUGGGCGCUUUCCAUUAACACGGCCAGACCGGUCAGAACGGUCAAAUUGUUGAAUGAAAUACAAAACUUUUGGGCUUUGGACCCAUCUGACCGGAAAUUUUAGAUAACAUGAGAAUGAGGUCCAUUUUCUCUAGAUAUUUGAGAAACAUAAACCAGAUCUUUCCAUUGAUACAGAGAAAAGAAUUUGGGUCUGGCCGGUCUGGCCAUUAAAUGGAAAGCGUCCAUAGUUUUGACUAGUUCCAUGUCAUCGGUUUAUUUUUCACGUGAUCGCUUUUGUGUUCCCUGGUAUAAAAGCAGAGGUGCAUGUAUCUCCUUACCCACGCUACUAACUUCCUGAUGGAAGUUCGCAACUGAGAUAAAUGCCGCUGUUACAUUUAUACACAAGAAAGAUAUAAGAUUUAUUUAAUCUUUUAUGCAACAAACUUAUAGCUAAACGGUAUUUAGUUACAUUAGAAGUGCCGAAUUCCACAGUCUAGGUAGUGAUGAACAUUAUAACGAGCUUGGUUGAAGAAUUACCAAGAUAGUAUAGAAAGUAUGUGUUGUGUUUUUACUAUCAAAAUUUAACAGAUAUAUGAAUCAAAUGUUCCGUCAUAAACUGAGCAACACUUAGUCGAGCUCACCUGAUAUGUUAAUCAACCAUUGAAAUCGAUCAAUUUACUUUCGAAUCCAGCAACCAGUUGCUAAAUGAAGCAUCUAUUAAUGAAAUCGAAUAUUCAUUCGACAGGCAAAUACACACGAAAGAUAUUGAACUGGGCAAGGGAAAUAUCAAACUGAAAGAUGUAUUGACGGAGAGAUAGCAAUAUUAGCACAUAGUUUGUAGUUUGUAGUUUGGAACUCCAAGGUUUGGUUCUUUCUUGCCAUGACUGAACGGUCGAUGUUAGCAACAUGUUUAUUAUAUGAUGUUUUAAUAUGGCGGUUGCUAGCAAAUAUUUUCUUUAUACCUUCUACAUGAUAUGCGAAGACGCCAGCGUCAGGUAGCGCAAGCGAUAUUCUGCAUACUAAGUGUUCUCAAUUGAGAACAAGUGGGUAAACACGCCUUUGAGGUGUGUGCUAAACGGGUACCUCUACACAACCGUUCAGUACUACUAGUCUGCAAUUGCUGCACUUAUUUAAUUAAAGGUAACCAAUUUCCUCGAAUUUCCCCGAAUUGCUUGUAAUUGUCUAAUCCAGAGUUUAUUAUCUCUUUCACAGUUAAUAUGCGAUGCCGUGCAUGCAGCAGCGAGACAACUGCAUCAGUCGCUGUAUGAAAACGAGGAAUUUAAAUUGGAUAUUCCUUUUAUUCACUUUGCUUACUCCUUGAUUCGAGCUCGUUUGGUAAACUUUUCUGAACUUGUUCAUGCUGUUCCUGAUUUGGUUAAAACAAUUUUGGCACUACGCGAUCGUUUGAAUGUUGGAGAAAUGGUUAGUUAUUUUUGCUUUACCUUACUAAAACAUUAGUGAAAUUAUUUUUUAAUCUCAGUUCGUUUUGUGACUGUUUAAUAUGUUAGCAACGUAAUUUAUAACUUCGUUAUAAGUAGACUGUCAGGUGUCCUGGAAAUGCUCUAUUGUUUAAUUUGCAUUAAAGAAAAAAAAACAAGCAUAAUCCCCGAGCACGGGCGAUAGCCUGGGGAGAGGGUACUAAUCCCGCACGGCUAUUUACACUCGGGAAAAUGGGGUGUGUUUGCUUACUGAUCUCAUAAUAUGGUGGAGCUAUAUGAAAUGAGCUAUAUAUUCAACGAUGUUUUAAAUUUUACUUCAACAAGAAGAAAUGUAAGAUGGAAAAUCAUGAAAUAUAAGGCGAGAUUGUUUUUUAUUUUUUCGCUAAACAUGUACGUUGUUUUCGGGUUUCUCACUUAAUAUCUCCAAAAAUUUUUCCAAGAGUGAACUGUUUGAUUUGAUAGGUAAUAUUAAUUUAAUAAUUGUCAGAAAUUCUGAUUAUACAAUUACUUUAUGGUUUCCGUGUUUGGAUGGCCUGAUCCAAACACGCGGGAAUGUUGCGAGAGUUAAGAAAAACGCGCGAACACGAGCCGAAGGCGAGUGAUUUUGCCCGCUUUUCUUAACUCGAGCAACAUUCCCAAGUGUUUGGAUCAGGCCAUCCAAACACGGAAACCAUAAAGUAAUUGUUUUAUUACUAAACUCUCCCAAGUUGCAAUGCUAAAUUCUCCCAAGUUCGCGAGAAAGCAAACGACCUUCAACGAAGCUAUAUAAUUUUGUAAACAAUCAGAUCAAUCAACCGUGAAACCCUACAACGUAGAUUUACAACGAAGUUUUUGAAUUUUGUGUUUAAAAGUUUAACAAAAUUACAAGUGUUGAUUAAAGUUCACGUUUACACUGCUGAUUAAGCAGUUGUUAAACAUUCCGGCGAAAUUAGGCAAUCCUUGCAACGAGACGCUAGGUGACGAAGAACCAAGGUCAAAAGAAGCAAUUGUUCUCGCUUUUGUCACGGUGGUUUGUGAAAUUAUUCCGACUGCAGGUUUCUUCCUAAGUGGUUUAUUAUGCCCCAUAUUGUCGCCAAGAGCUCCGGAAAGAACUUCGCUUGAACGCUUCAACUGAUGUGAUGAUGGUCGCUGAUUGUAGUGGACAAGAGACUGUUCGCUGCGAUGUUCUGAAAUUGGCAUUAUAUGGCGAUUUGUUAAGCCGGCGUUGGACCACAGUGUAUAGACACUGCUCUCAAGGAGUGGUUAGUGUAAACUUUCGACAGAGAUGCUGAUUCGCUGAUAGUUUUCAUCAUAUUACCAAGCGUGUUUACACCAAGAGGUUUGUUCUCGUAGCAAGACAAGUAUUGUCAGCCGGACUCCACUUUCGCUUGGGAUAUUGAAAGAAUGCUUCGCAGGAAGGAUGCAGUUUGAUAAUGAAUAGCUGCAGAGCUGAGAAGCCUUUUCUGCGUCAGUUUUGUACAUCCUCCCCAAAUUUUCUAAGGAGACCAAGUGGAGUGGACACAUUCAAUACGUCGCUAUUUUUUAGCUUUAUGAGGUCUUCAGCUUCCAAGACGGGCUUCUGUACAACAUUCUCCUUCCCCCAGUUUCUUCAAGGAUACUAUCUUGGCGUUCAGCACGGAGUUUGACAUUUUAAAUGCUGGGUUGGACGACAUGCUCAAACCUUUGUUGUACGGUGGACAGUUCAGGUAUCGCUCUAGUUCAUGUUUUAAACCAAUUAAAGUUGAUUUACUGUAGUCUUCACCUUGCUGGUUUUUUACUUCGACGUAAAAUUGACAAAGACAAUUCGUGCAAUUCUUGUUGAAUGUUUCGCUGUUUCGACCAUUCUAUAAAUACAUAUAAGCAAAUAAGAAUUAUAGAAAUGACAGCGAAAUAGUGUAGGCUACUGAAUUUCAACAUUUGCGGUCUAAAUGCGAAUGUUUAUAUUGUUUAUAAAUCUACACAAUCACUGUUACCUUUAAAAAUAUUGACAGCGUAUGUUGGUUUAUACUUCGUAUUUUUUUACUGUACAUGGCUUAACAGCUCGUCAAUAUUCUCCUGGGUUACUUCAGCAAACCUUUUACGCGUUUCACUCUUUUCUGCGGUUGCACAAAUGCCCUCCAAAUCAAUUUUGGCAAAAAAAUUCGUCUUCAGAGUCUGACAUGUUUAAAAUUCCCGCGAAGGCACUUUAAAUUUCCGUGUUUGGAUGGCCUGAACCACAGUGUAACACUUUAUACGCUCAAUAGUCAAACUCAUCUAUUUUAAAGUUUUACCAAUUUCGAGCUUCGAAGAACGUUUUUCCAGUAUUAAAUUGGUAAGGUAAGCUGUUUUGAGCUUUUAGAGUAUAUACAAUCUUAUGUGUUCAAUUGGCGAGAUGCUGAGAGAAAUAACGUAGGCUACUUUAUAUUGUAUUUCACUCAUUUACUGACAAUGACUAUUUUAUAAUAGUAUUUUGCUUAGUGUGUAUUCAGUCGGUGAGAAUAUAUAUUUUAUUUUAAAUAGCUUCGAUCACAUGCAAUGUGGCUAUUACUGUUUUAUACAUUUGGUCUUGUUCGAUUCCAUAUUUGAUAUAAAUUUUAUCAUUUUGUCACCACUAUGUCAAUGCAUUUGUUCACGUCUACCUUUGGAAGUGACAAAUACCAACAAAUGACGAUAAUAAACAUUUCUCUGGUGCAAUUUUAGUAUAAAAAAGUUAAAAUGAGCAAGUAUAAUCAUAGGAUGGUUGAAAUAUAUUAUGGAUUGAAAACCGAAAAAUCUAUUAUUCCGCCAUUAAAAUGGCCGCCAAGCAGGUUAAUUUGGGCGCACGAUGCCUUGCUGCCCUUGUGGUUGACAAUGACUCUUCCUCGCUAUAUAAACACCUUCAACAAUCUCGAAUUUUCUAUCUGUUUCAUCCUUUGACUUUGUCAUUGUUGCUAACUGAGCGAAAUUGUUUUCUUUUUAUAUUUUUAGAAAUGACCACAACUAGCAUAUUUCAGCUGGGUGCGGGCAUGUGCAACAAACCAAAAAUUGAUGUAUCAAGGUUAACAUAACGCAACUUUUCCAUGAUCUUUGUCACGUGAAAGAAACUGACAUUCAUACAUCCGACGUACUUGUCUGAUAAAAUUGAGAAAAUUCAACGAAGAGCUUUCCGAAUUAUAUAUCCGUUUCAAUCGUAUAAUGAUGCACUUUCAAUGUCUGGUUGUCUGUCAUUAGCGGAAAAUAGACAACAAUUAUCUCAAAAACUUUUUAAACAAAUUAAGUCGACUAGUGGUGAUCGUCUGUCGUAUCUCAUACCAGAAACCAGAUUUCAGAAACAUGGCCGAAAACUUCGAAACAGUGAAAAUCUCGACAUUUUUGAAUGUAACACAAAUCGGUUCAAAAACAGUUUUUUCCCAACUAACGUUAGUUACUGCAACUCAAAUAGAUAAGCUCAAAAUAUUUUUAGACAUUUUAUAGUAGUAUAGUAAGUUGUAGAUAUUUAUAUAUAUAUAUAUAGAUUUUGGAUUCUCUAGAUGUAAAUGUAAAGUAAUUCACCAAUUGGUGCCAUUUUACAUAAUAAUAAACCAUCAUUAUUAUUAUUAUUAUUAUUAUUAUUCAUAAAAGCAUUAUUCAUAAAAGCGUCUGAUAUACGUUUAGAGAACAAUGUUAAAUUGGAAGUAUCAACACGGAAUGUCUACAUGUUUAUCUUGGAAAGAUACUGUACUUCACAAGUGUAUAAUGUUGUCUUCAAAUUGACGAAGAAAUCUUUGAAGAGAUAUCACCUACUGUCAAUAAAUGUUUCUGGCUGCAAAUCAUAUUGCGAAAAAUGUAUAUCUUGGAAAUUAUAUAAUUAAUACACUAACAUUUGAAGACUGAUUGACGCACCAGAUUUGGUAUGGAAGCUACUGUAAAUAAAAGUGUAUAUUUGUGUGAUAUGUUAUAGCCUAUCUCUAUUCUAAUAAAAGUGGUCAUUUCGAGUGUAUUUUAUUGACAUCAAGUAUUCUUUGUUUUUGACCCAGUGGACGCCAUGUAUGCUACAGCGUAUCUAUUUUUUAGAUAUUUCAACUGACCAACAAUAGGGGUGUCCGAAAUUCUGACAACAUAUUGUCAGUUAACAUAUUUUUUUAGAUAUUCCCUCUGCCGUCUGGGCAGUAGUUUGUGCGAACACUAUAGUUUUGUGUCUAUCAGUUCACAAAAAAAAUACAUUUUUUUAUAAAACUGACCAGUAUGUCGCAUAUUUUCCCUAUCGAAUUUUGCCAAAAAAUUUUAUUUUGGAAUAUCUCAAAAUAGUUUGGAAAGCGUAUACUUGGGAAGUUAGGAGAGCACUCGAGCGCCAAAGUUGAUCUCGGCAAGCGCUUCGACCAACUCUUACGCGUUUUCGUGCUCUCCUAACUUCCCGCGUGCUCAAAAACUCGAUUGAGCAUUUGAGCACGCCACAUAAUUAAAAAAUUCUUAAUUCUCAAAUCUAUCAAACGAAGUGAAAAUGUUGGUGGUGUACUUGUUAAUCUUAUUUGAUGCAGAUAAUAUAAAGGGUAAAACGUUUUGAUAUAGAAUCACCCUGGAGAAAAUACAUUAGUUUAUAUAUUAGAAAUACUUACUUCUCAUUCUGCAUUGUUUUGAUGUGCAUCUUUCUGCCAUUCGUCUGUUUAUCCUAUGUAUUUUUUAUCUAUGUAUUUUAGUCUGAAUGUGAUGUCAAUUUUUGUUAACUUUGUAAUUGUAUUGUAUGACAAUUAAGAUUUUCCUAGGUAAGCCUGAGGCUUUUGGAAAAGUUUUUUUUUUUUUGUUAAUUAAAUAUUGUUUAAAUCAAAUAGAGGGCAUGAUGCACUCGGAAACUGUAUACUACAUACAUACAUACAUACAUACAUACAUACAUACACACACACACACACACACACACACACACACGCACACGCACACUGCACGCACACGCACACACGCACGCACACACUUACGCACGCACGCACGCACACACACGUAAAGGUUUAGCAUACCAGCGAUGGAUGGAGUACCUCAGCUUAUCCUGGGGAUCGGGUUGUUCCAGUACGUUUAGCGUAUGAUUGGAUAAGUCAAUUAACUAACAGAUUCACACAUUUUAUAAAUGUCUAGACUUAAAUCGCAUGCACUUAAUAUAUGAACUACCACCCUCACCACCACGCAUACUCAUCUUUUAUCUCCAGGGUGUAUAAAAAAGGGGUAAUCGAACUUCAGCGCGUUAUUGUACGUGAGUUACUCUGCGUAUGAACGAUUUGUUUUCAUCAUGUUUUUCAUGCCAAGUGGAGAAAAAGUAAGCAAGUACGAGGCCGAUCAAACAUGUUAGUCAAAAUCGCAUAUUUUCACCUCUGUGCCUAAUUAAAACAAUGCAUAACAAAAGUAAAAACAAUUAAUCACGAACGUGUCGUAGCUUAGCUAAGAUUUAUUCCUACUAUAUUGUAUCUGACUGUUUUCUCUACGCUGAUGACACAUCUUUACUUGAAAUUGUUCAUCAUUUAUCACCCUUUGAUUCUCGACUAAACGAGGAUCUCAAUAGCAUUGUUGAUGGGAUUGAAUCCUACUAAUUGUGAAAGCAUUACAUUUUCAACGAAAAAUAACCGACUUCCUCAGCCAAUCUUAUACUUAAAUGGCACCGCAUUACGCGAAGUUGAUUCUCAUUCACAUUUAGGUUUAACAUUUACGUCAAAUUUCUCUUGGUCAAAACAUAUUCUAAGCAUACAUCAAAAAGCUAGUAAAAGAAUGAACGCAUUAAAAAGGGUUAAAUAUAAGCUUAAUAGGUCAACACUGAUAUGCUUAUAUAAAAGUCUGAUUAGACCCUUAAUGGAAUAAGCAGAUGUAAUAUGGGAUGGAUGUAGUAUAGAGGAAGCAAAUCUUUUAGAAACAGUUCAGUACGAAUCAGCUCGCAUUGUUACUGGUGCAAUAAGGGGAACAAAUAGAAAUCGUCUAUUGGAAGAACUAUGUUGGGAGGAUUUGAAAACUAGGAGACAUAUUCAUAAGCUAUCCUUUUUUUAUAAAAUUGUUACCCACACUGCACCAUCCUACCUUUGUGAUCUUUUGCCUCCAUAUGUAAACCAAAGAUCCAGUUACUUUCUAAGAUCUAACGAUAAUUUAACUAAUAUACCUGUGAGAACUGAACGAUUUAAAAAAUCUUUCUUUCCAUCGGCAAUAACUGCCUGGAAUGAUCUUGAUCCAGAAUUACGAAAUAUAGAAACGCUGUCUUCCUUUAAAGUUACCUUAUGUAAUAUGUAUUGUGGACAAAAAUAUAACGUAAAAUACAAUGCAUCGCUAAGUAGAUAUAGCUCAAUACUCCAUACCAGGCUCAGGCUUGGUCACUGUGCGCUUAAUUUUCACCUAUAUAGAAUUAAUUGUGCAAAUUCCCCUUUUUGUGUAUGUCGAUGGGGUGAAGUGGAAACUGUCAAACAUUACUUUUUAUGUUGUUCUCGAUUUGCUGCCUAACGUGGACAAUUGCUCUCACUUCCUGCGCGGCUGCUCCAUCCUGUGUGGAUGAAUUUAUCAGAGAAUCGGAAAAUUGAAAUACUUUUGCAUGGGUCAGAAAAUCUUGGGCAUGAAGAUAAUGUAAAAUUAAUGCAAAAUGUCCAAUUAUUUAUUUUAAAUACAAAACGGUUUCAGGCCGAGUAACUUUUUUUUUUGAAACUUGUUUUGUAAAACAUUGGUCUGUAAAACAUUGGUGUGGUAAAUUCUUCCAUAUAAAUUUCUUAUAAUAAUAUGUUUCAUGCAAAGCUUGAGAAUGAAUACCAGAAGUUCUUCCACACUAUGAUUAUUCGAUUUGUUUUGAUGUAAUCUUCUUUUUAUGUUAUCCUCUUUGUCUUGAUGUGAGUAACCUAAAGUUUGUAAAUAAUCCGAUAUAAUCUCCCUUGAUGAGCCAUGCUCUUAGAGAAAAUGUCUGUAAUAAAAUAUGUUAAAAUAAAAAUAAAUAAAUUUUAAAAAAAUAAUAAUAAUAAUAAUAAUUAUGAAUAUGUGCGUCGUUUAUUGAGGUGAAAUUAGUCGACUUAAGUGGCUGUCUCACUAAGAACCAUGCAGAGCGUUUCAGGUUGAAAAUUAGAUUUGCUUUAUAUUUUUACCAUGAACUACCUUUGUCCUAAAAGGUAUAUUAAACUAAUAUUAGAAUUUCUAAAUUUUUCUUUCUUUUUUUUAGUUAUGACGAAUUUUUGUCUGGACGUCAGCGACACUGAAAUUUGAACCCGAAAACGGCGGUCAAAUAUGUGUUAAAUUGUGCAUCAUAACUCGGAAAGUUUCGCGUCAAAUUAAGAACUUUUUUUCAGCAUAUUGAGACAUAUUCUUCUUUUAGAAUGUUGAAGGAAUUUGAAUGUACAUCUUAUUUUAAACCUACUAGUCUCCAUCCAAGGAAGUCUGUAUUUUCUUUCGCCGAACAACUAUAAUGAUUAGGUACAAAAUUCAAAGGGUUAGAGUAGAAUACUUAAAGUUAAGUUAUUCGCAAUAAAACUUGUCGGCAAACGGAAUAUGAAGGAGUUCAUAAUCAUAAAUUAUGGUUAUAAAUAGCUCUAUUGUUUACCUUUGUGAUAACCUGAAACACGUUCAGCGUUACUUGCGGAGCUUUUAUAAAUUUAUAUCAGCAAUUAUUAUAAAUAUAAAAUAGUGUUUAUAAGUUCUUAUAUUUGAAUACAAACACCGCCUUUUAAGCUUUCGGAAAGCCUUUACAAUUGAUCGUUUUAAACUUGAUUAAAAUUACUAAUUAUAGUUGCACGCCAACAUAAUUGUACAAUACAUUAUGUACUGUUUAAUAUGUAUUAUAUAAUACCUUAUUGAAUUCUGAUUAUUGAUUCUGUUUUAUUGGCUGUUUAUGGUCACGUGAUAUUGAAUAGAAAAUUCCAAUUCCCAAGAGUGCAAUGGAAUACGUUCCAUUGCACUCUUGCGAGUGCAAUUGUACUAUACGUUUUAUUCCAUUGCACUCUUUGUGUUUUCGAUAAAUCGCAUCCGUCAAAAUGCUUCUCGUACGGUGAUCGCAGUUUAUUUUAACCCGAUAUUCGCAACUCAGUAAAUUGGAUUUAAUGCAAAUACGACUCGUCAAAAUGGCGGGAGCUUACAGUAAACCUUUUAAUAUUUGUCUGUUUUGGUAUUAUAUAAAACAAAUAAUGAAUGUUUUUAUUCGUGCAAUGGUAAGAAUAUUUUCAUUUCACUGUAAAUUUCAAGGAGUCUAAUCAACUCCAAAAGUGUUAUUCUGUAAUCGUUUUAGACCGUUUUUGGUUACAGAAUAAAACUUUUUGAGUUGAUUCAACUCCUUGAAAUUUACAGUGUUGGUGAAAGAUGGAAUGUUUCAUUUAACUCGGCUGUCACCUCGAUGCAACAUUCCAUCUUUCAUUUCAUGGACCGGUUGUUCAAAAGCCGAUUAGCUUAACCCUAGGUUAACUUAUAAUUCAAUUCAAAGCAAACUUCCUAACAGCUUGUUUAUAAAUUUGGAAAUAUUUCUUCACAAAUCAUGUCUGGAUCAAUAGAGGUUUUCUUUUCAGAUAUUUUGAUAUAUAAAUGGACAUGCGGAAAUAUGCAAAAUAAAACAGUGGGUUAAACAACCGGCCCCAUGAAAAUAUUCUUACCAUUGCACUCAUAAAUAUUCAUUAUUUGUAUACUGAUGAGUGUGCCACAAAUAGAAUACAUGCUAUAUUACGAAAGCAACAUUAUACUAAACUUUAUAGUUAACUUGCUACCUGGAUAGUUAUUUUUCGCGUGUUAAUUCUUCAGGAAACAAUUAAUUUCGCAAAUUUAAUCUUUUAUCGAACCUUCGGGAGUUGUCGAAAAAAAUUUCGAGGUUAGUAAAUUGUGUUACUGUAGUCUGUAUGCCAAGGGGAAUACGUUUGUAGCCAAUUUUUAAGCUUCUCUAAUUUAUAAAAUAAUAAUAAAAAACCACGAAAAUAAUAGCCCAAAAUAAUAACAGACGCAAUGUAUACAAGUUGUUUUUGUUCUUCAAUGCGCCAUUGUUAAAAAUAAUUAUUGCCUCAUUGGAGUGCUAGUAUUUUUUAAACUUACUUCUUAAAUAAUAUCAAUGACAGUGUCCUUUGUAAUUUCCACACCUGUUUUGUUUAACAGAAAAUUAACGCAAAGAAGUGCCGUUUUUAGAUAUAGAAGCUUACUAUAUAUAGUUUAGUUUUGAUUAUGGAGAAAAGUUGUUCAUUUGUUGGCGCUGGUGGAAUUUCUUGUGGUGAAAGUCGUGGAUUACAGGAGAUUAGUUGCUUAUUUGAUUGUAAGGAAGAUAUGAGUGUUCAACUAUCAAACUGUCAUCUUUCUAAAUCGAACUUGAGAGAGAACGAGUUAAUUGCUAUUCGCGCGGGAAUGUUCAAUCUUACCGAAGACCAGUUUAAGAUGAUGUUUAUUUGUCCGUCCCACCGUCAUAAUUUGGGACGAUUUUGGAGGCCGCUAAGACCGUGCCAUGCAGUAUUCCCUCCAUUCGGGUCCGGUUCGUAAGUGUACAGGAAGAGAUGUUUUCAAUGUAUCAUUAUCAAAAUCAAUUUGUACUCUUUAUGAGAAAUUAAUUCAAAUAGGAUCUCGUAAGUAUUACAAUAACGUUACUUUUACUUCUUCAAGUGUUGUAAUUAGUACUUUAAUGACGCAGGGGAAACUGGAGAUAACUAUCGUAAGUUUACGCGCUCUUCAUGAAGAAGAAUGCGUAAGUUUACGUGUUCUUCAUUUUGACGCGAAAGCGCAAAGAGAAAUGCUUGUGGACAACUUGUGGAAAAUGCUUGCUGAGAUCGACGUAUGCCAUCCUGUAUACCACGACGCGUAUGAUUUAUGUGACAUGUACGAACAGAAGAGCCUAUCUGUUUUUAAAAUAACGAUGCUGAAAGAAAUUUGUGCGCAUUUUGAACUUCAGUUCAAAUCAAAGGAUAAAAAACUCUCAUAGAUAAAAUAUCAUCCAUGAUUGGGCAAUGCACAUGUUUCCAAAUAAAUAACUAAAUUGUGCAGGUGCGGACAAAUACUCCCAGACUAACUUGGGCAUGUCGAGAGAUGUCAUUGUUCUUGGUCCGCGAGUGUGUGGAGCCUGGAGCAGUAUCGUUAACCCAAAUCAAGUACCAAAAACGUCUCAUGCAAACUACGAUGUUAUGUAUAUUUUUAUUGCUAUAAGUUAUACUACUAUUAUGAGAGAAAUCAAAUUUUGCCGAAAAAUACCAAUUGAAGUUGAAAGUUAUUCACAGAAUGGCGAUUAGCUGCAAACUACUGUAAAAUUAUUAUUAUUGCUGUAUAGAUUAAAGAUAAAGGACAAAUCUCAGUAUAGCCUACGUCGCAGCUAUAGUCAAUGUCAGUGCAACUAAGAUCGUUUUAUACGAUGAAUUGAAUGGUUUGCAUGAAAGGACAAACAUUCUGCCAAAUGGGCAAUGCGGAAAACUUUUAACAGAACAUAAUAACAAGUUCAUGGAUUUAUUAAUUCGAUGCGACGUUACGGCAACGCACAUUUUCGACAUUGGCAUUGUACCUGUCCGGUCAUGAGAGAUACAACGUCCUAGACGAAUUUAUUUCUUCUGACCGUUUUAGACCUCAAAGAUCCGUCGCAUUUCAUGGAUCGAAUUAAACUUUUCUUAGUUAAGUACAAUGAUUGUGCAGUAUAUUAGUCGCUAUAAAAACUCCGCAAACAACAUUGAACAUGUUUCCGGUUAUCACAAAUGUAAACAAUAGAGCUAUUUAUAGCCAUAAUUUAUUAAUUGUGCACUCCUUUAUAUUCCUUUUGCCGACAAGUUUUAUUGCGAAUAACUUAACUUUAAGCAUUCUACUUUAACCCUAAAAGUGUUUUAGAUACCAAGUAGGUUGCACUUUUGAGAAUUUUUAGUUUGAAUUUUGUACCUAAUCAUUAGUUGUUCGGCGAACCAAAAUACCGACUUCCUUGGAUGGAGACUAGUAGGCUAGUACGUACGUAUGUACAUGGCGUAUGUACAUUCAAAUUAUUUCAACAUUCUAAAAGAAGAAUAUGUCUCAAUACGCUGAAAAACGUUUUUAAUUUGACGCGAAACUUCCUGAUGCACAAUUUAACACAUAUUUGACCGCCGUUUUCGGGGUCAAAUUUCAGUGUCGCUGACGUCCAGACAAAGAUUCGUCAUAACUCAAGUUUAAUACCUUUUAGGACAAAGGUAGUUUAUGGUAAAAAUAUAAAGCAAAUCUAAUUUUCAACCUGAAACGCUCUGCGUGCUUCUUAGUGAGACAGCCACUUAAGUACCAAUCUCGUACCCAGAGCAAUGCCUGUGCGCGGGCUAGGAUGGCAUUGGCUCUGGGGAAAUUGAAUUUUUCCUGUGCUGUGAUUGGUUUAACGUUUGUCAAUCGUGCAUGCCGACAAAGAACCGGAACCCCUAAAUUUAGGGGUUCCGGUUGUCAAUUUCCCCAUAGCCAAUGCCUUCCUAGCCCGCGCACAGGCAUUGCUCUGGGUACGAGAUUGCUUAAGUACCGAAGGGGGUCAUUUUCAAUGAUUUUAGGCCCAACUCUCAACGGUGAAAAUAUGCGAUUCUGACUAACAUUUUUAUCGGAUUCGUAUUUGUUAUUAUUGCAAAACAAACUUUUUUAAUUAAAAGAAAUCAGAAAGACAAAACUCUCAUUCUUUAAUUCCAAAAACACGGCUUUUUUGAUCGGCGAAUGUUUGGAUCUCGGAGUAUCCCCUAUUGAUCCAAAAUGAACUUUUUCAAUCUUUGAUCAGUUUUCCAAGUGGUAUGCAGACAAAAAUGUAUUUUUGUACACAAAAAAACUCGCGGAAGGCGAAAGAACGACGCCGUGAUUUUCAGACGUUAGCCAACAUAUUUUGUAUACUUUUUGUGUUCAUUUAAAUCGACAACGUACAGUACUCUUCUCAGUAUUUUAAUGCUUUUAGUUUGUCAAUGAUAUAGAAAUUUUUGUAUAAUUUCAAUGUUUUUGUAUAAGACUUAGGGCCUGUUCAUACAUGGGCAAAAGUUAUCCCGGUUAACGAGAAAACUUUUCGACUUGCCAAAUACUUUUGUUCUGUUCAUAUCGGAGAAACGUUAUCCCGCGCUUACCGGGUAAAGUAUCCGACUGUGACGUAGCACUGAACAUCAAUUGAAUUAAAAAGUUGCUGACACAACAGAGAGGUAUCCCGCUUAGCGGGAAAGUUUUGUUCAUAUGGGAAAAACACAGCCUAGUCCCAGUCGUUCUGAAGCAAGCACGAGAAAAAAGUGGAUGUAGUACGAGACUGGGACGUAGGUGUGACGUCACCGCUUAAGGUGCUUCAGAACGCCUAGCAGAUUUCAGUAUUUUUAAUAUGGCGGAAAAUUUAUAUAUACAUGUAACCUUUUAAUUAUAAAUACGACAAUGUUCGUUCAUCAUGUACAUGUUCGUUGUCUACAUAACCAAAUCAAACCGUAUUAAAAAUGUGCUCAACUAAAAAAAAUUAUAUACAAAUUUACGAUACCGAGUUUGAGCAAUCGUUGAUGUUAUUUAUAUACUCGCAAGUUGUGAUCAACACUAGACCAUACUGGUAUACACAACUACGCUUUCUACUUGACAGGUUUAAAUUGCUGAGGAGAUUGGAAAUAUUUGCCUGACAUGACGGUGUUGUCAAAACAUUUUUAGUCGGAGACUCGGCAUAAUUUUCAAGCUUCUAGAUAGCAUUUAAUAUGGCUAUAUAUUUUAGUAAUCACGAGUCAUAUUUAGUCUGUUAUUCCAUUCUGACUGUAUGGCAGCGAAACGUAGCCUAUUUCAUUGUUCCGACAGCAUUAGAGCAAAACUAAUGACUUAAUUAUAAAUGCAAAGGAAAUUUCCAUAACAUUUUCCAUUUACAAAUGAGGUAUGCUUGGUAACCAGGCCAGGGACCACUUUUUUGAAAUCAGGGACCAUUUUACCGAAAUCUGCUAGGCUCUCUCGCUGAAGCGUUCCGCACAGCACACUUAGGCAUAAAACUUUUAAGACUUAUUUAAAUCUAUCAAAGCAGCGAAUAGAGAGAGAGCCUGGGGCUAGGCUGGGAAAAACAUCACGGUCACCGAGAUCUCGCCUGUCAACAAGCGAGACCUCGGUUCUCCGGAAAACUUUUUGCCUUAUGUGAACGCAGUGUAAUAUUAUUUUCAUAUACCAAGGCGAUAUCUCGCUUGUAAACUUGUGAGUUUCUCGCUAACCGGGGUAACUUUUGCCCAUAUGAACUGACCCUUAGAAGCAUGUUGAUGGGUAAUUUAAAAUAAUCUAAAAUACAACCUGGCUAUAUAGAACGACUCAAACCUAUAAAAGGCGGAGUUUAAGCAAGUUGACCGCAAGACGUAUUUAGUUCAGUACGCUGUACAAUUCCUUUAUGUACGGCAACUAUUCACAGUUUUAAGGUUUAAAAAGUUUCUUGUCUAUUUUCUGCUUUUGUUGAAAUCUAAUAAAGCCGCGAGAAAAUGGCAUGUUUGAAUUUCAAAACUUGAAAAUUUCAGCACCAAUGGAUCAUUUGGCUAGCAUGCGCGGUCCAUGGUAUUCAGGUAGCCUACUGUAGUAGACUUCAUGAUUACGAUGUUUAUAAGAUUCUUGUUCGCGUGUAAUGCCUUUACAAUAAUUUUAGAUUCUGGAUGUCGUGGCACUAGAGUGUUGCUUGCAGCAAUUGGAACCAUGUCCUGAUGAUCUGGAAAACGCUGAAAAUAGAUUGAUUUGGUGUAAGCGAGUUCAAUGCGUACGUCCUAUCAUACAAGUUAUGAAAAGUGAAAUCUCAAAACCGGCACAACAACAGAAAGAAAAUGGUAGCAAUGAGGCACAGUUUAGUUCUCAACUUUCUGAAGCGAGAUCUGCUCAUAUUUUACAAAAUUGUAGGUGUGUAUACUUAUCCAUAGAUAGCCUUAUUUGGCCUUCGUACGAAAAGCCCUAGACCAUAUCACUGUUUCUGCAGUAAGGAUGAUUUUGAAUAGAUAACGAUAUUAAACAAUUAUUCACCGCGCAUUCCUAAUCCUGCGUGUACUACAUGUAGUGUGUAUAAAAAAAAGGUAAUGAAACUUCAGCGCGUUAUUGUAUCUGAAUUACUUUGCGUAUGAACGAGAUUUUUUUCAUGUUCGGAAAGAUCAGGCUUUUAGCUGUUGAAUGAUAUGUUCUUUAUACCAAAUGGAUAAGUACGCGAGUCCAAAAGUCAAUUCUAGUCAGAAUCGCAUAUUUUUACCGUUGAGAGUUGGGUCUAAAACCAUUGAAAAUUAGCCCCCUUCGGUACUUAAGUUGAUGAAUUUCACUUCAAUAAACUACGCACAUAUUCAUAAUUAUUAUUAAGUAGGAAUGAAUCUUAGCUAAACUACGACAAGUUUGUGAUUAAUUGCUUAAUUUUCUUUUGUUAUACAUCCGCUGCUUUAACUAAUUAGGCACAGAGGUGAAAAUAUACGAUUCUGACUAACAUUUUUUAUCGGUCCCGUGCUUGCUUAUUUUUUCUCCACCUGGCAUGAAAAACAUGUCAUUGAAUAGCUAAACGCCUGAUCUUUCCGAAUAUGAAAACAUUUUGUUCAUACGGCGAGUAAUUCACGUACAAUAUCGCGCUGAAGUUCGAUUACCUUUUUUUAUACACCCUGUAUAGACUCAACCAAACUAGGCAAACAAUGUGGGCGAAGGUUGAAGGAAGCAAACGCAAACGUGAAUUAUAGUCUAUUUUCUUCAAACGUUGUAACGUUCAAGCAUUACGAAUAACUGACAUUGCUUACUCAACUAAAAUCACCCUUCCGCGCUCUAUUGCAAGUAUGCAUCAUUACAAGUAUGCAUCAUUACAAGUAAUCAAUAAGUUAUUUCAUAUUUUAUAUUUUAUAUUUUAUAGAACCACCUGGAUUCGUCUGGAUGUUGUACGCAUGUUUAUUGAACAUACAUGUCCUCCCGGACAAUCAUGCCAUCCAGCUGAUGCAACGAACGUUUUUCGACUUUGGAAGGUAAACUUACGAGCUGUGUAUUUUUUAAAAAAAAAACAUUUUGCCGGGUUUUUUGCAAAAAGUAAACAAGAAGCCCGCAAGCGGAACAUGCGAAGGUUGAAAGAAAUCAUUGAAAGGCUCGUGCAUGCUUUUAAAUUUUAUUUAAAUUUUCCCAAUUGCGUUUUGAGUUUGUAUUUUGAGUAGGAGUGUAUAGUAUAAAACAACUAGAUAACUCGGCUUCGUUGAAUAUCCGCUCAUAGACAACUCAGCCUCGUUAUAUAAUUGCUAAAUCUGAGCCACUGAAAAUGACCCGGCCGCCAGACCUGUUUGUGGAAUAUAGACCACGUUUACACUACAGCCUACUACAUGGAUAGCUUUCCGUAGCGGCAUAAAAAAAACACCUAUCCGAUACGGAAUUUACAACUUUCAGAAGCUGAGCGAAACAAUAUCUCUCCGUUUCAAUAUUUCCUCUGACAAUAGCGUUCAUAUAAAAGGUACGGAUAGGUGUUUUUACGUUGCUAUGAAAAGCUAUCCGGUGCAAGUGUAAACGUAUAGUCAUACAAUAUGCUUAUUAGAUUUUAUUUAUAUUUGCAGGCUUUAGGAGAAAAUCCUGACUUUUUAUCUGUCCAUACUAUGACAGUAGUUGAGAGAUUCCUACAGAGUUGCAGCGAUCGAUUGAGCAAACGAUUAAUCAAGUAG